UACUUUCUCUCUCUUCAACCAGCUUCUCUGUUUUCUCUCUCUACUGCGUGUUUCUCUUUCUUCGUUCUCUCUCUAAAUGCGGCAGAAGGAGAAAGGCGGCGAGUUUUGGUGGAUUCGACUUUCAGGAGAAGCGGCUAAGGGUGCAACAAGGAUUUUCAUUUGAUUUGGAUUAGAUAUAUUCCUAUGGUGAGAACUAGAGGUGGUGCAACUUUUAAAAAAAGGAGAGGCUUUCGUAGCUCAACGGGAGGAGUUAAAUUGAAAGAUACAGGAGCAUGUAUCAAUCUCGAUGAUGAAGAUGAAGAGCAUAUUGAUGGUGGAAGAAAAAUGAUUGAUGAUGAUACUAACAGAGAUAAAGAUGCUUGUAUUGAAAAAGGAUUGAAAAAGAAAGCUAUCACUAAGAAAAAGAAACCUUCUACUAUUGAGAGUGCUAUACCUUUGUCAACUGUGAUAGAAGGAAAGAAGGGGAAUGAGUCUUCUUCUUCACAUGCUAUUGUUUUGUCAGCUAAGAUAAGAAAGUUGGAUGAAAAUGAAGGUCUUAAAGUGAAGAAAGUGAAGGAAAAUAAGGAUAAGAACAUUGUGAUUCAUAGGAAAGAAUAUGCAAUCAUAGAUGGUGAUGUACAUAUGGUGCAACGAGGAUUUAAACACGUUGCAGGCCAUUUCAUUUAGUAGAGAUGAUUAAAAAAAAUUCAAAUGAUCAAAUCAAGGUUGUUAAAGAAAUUGGCUUUGGAGGUUUGUUAUCUUUGAAGGUGAAACGAACUGCAACUGAUAUGCUAUCAUGGUUGGUAGAUUGUUUUGAUCAUGGUAGUUUCAUGUUUACUAUUGAUGGUAAAAAAGAUUUUGUUGUGACUGAAUUUGAUGUGUAUGAUGUUUUUUUCCUUCCUUGCAAAACAUCUAAGAAAGUUGAAGAAAUUUCUCGUUGUGCUAAUGUCAUCAACCCUGAUUAUGAUUUAAAGGUUAAAUGGAGGUCUCAUUUUGGUCUUAUGGGUGAGAAUGAUCAGAUUCCUUUGGGUUUUUUGGAAUCUAAGAUCCCUUUACUAGUAGAUGGCGGGGAAGAAUUCAGACAACUUUUUAUCAUGCAUGCUUUUUCAAGGUUUUUAGCACCUACGUCCAACAGAACUGUGGAUUUGAGAAUUGUAAAAUGUUUGGUUGAUGUUAAUCAAAUAAGAACUUAUGAUUGGUCAAAUAUGUCUUAGAUAGACUUUGUGAAGCUGUGAAGAGCUACAAAGAAGGAAAUAUAGAAUGGUUUUGUGGUUGUGUUUUGAUGUUAGAGAUUAUCUAUUUUCAUCGAUUGAGGUUUAGGAAUGUUGUGUUAAAUUCUACAAUACCUUUAAUUCAACAUUGGACUGAUGUGGAUAUAAGAGAUAGAAUUAGAAAUGAAAAGUUGUCCAAGGGUUUUGGGUGUGGCAUUCUUGAGUUUGAUACAUAUCCAGUGAGUGAGAAGUUGCAAUUUGAGGAUGGACAAGUUGUUUGUAAUCCAUUUAAAGAAGCUCCUGUGAAUCAAAUUUCUAGAAAAGAAUAUGUUGUUUAUGAAGGUGUCCGUAGCAAUGUUAAGGGUGUUAUUCAGUUUGAGCUACAUGCUAGUUCAAUGUCUAAUGAGGAAAUCCGUUCAAUUGCUAUUGAUGUAAGUAUUUUACCCUUUAAUUCUGUCUGUGUGGGUUUUUUAUUUUUUUUUUUAUUUUUUAUUUUGUUGUCACAAAUUAUUUUACUAAAUCUAAGUGCUACAUUUUUUUUUCACAGGAAGUUUAUGAGAAGUUUUUGCUCAUGAAAAGAGAUUUAGAAGUGGUAUCUAACUUCUACAUGAAUGAGUUGAAAGUCUUAUUUCAAACUCGUAAACCUAAUGAUGCUUCAACUUCGACUCCUCCAAUGUCCCAAACUGAUUUAUUCUUUAUGGAUCCUCGUGUUUAUGAAAUUGUUGAUGAGAUUGUGUCUCUUGUAAAUUGGGUAAGCAAAGUGCCUAAUGGUUUGGAUGAUGAUGAUAUUGAUUAUAAUGGUGCACCUGCAAAAGAGAUUAAUGUUGUAGUUGGUGAAGUUCCAAGGAUAGGUUUUGAGCAUGUUUUGAGUAAUGGAAAAUCUAAAUGCUCCCUUGCUAUGGAUGUUAGUCUCUUUGGUGAUAAAGUUACAUAUGUAACUCAAUAUAUGAAGUCAAAGUAAUAAGGAUAUGAAGGUUUUGGAUGCUGUUGUCCAGGAACUUGUUGACUACUGCAUUAGUGAUUAUCAUGGUUUCGAUCUCAAUGAGGUGUUGGUAUCUUUUGGCAAACCAUAUGAGAUUACAAGGAAUGAAUUCCUUUCAUUAGGUGAACCGACUAUUGUUAUAUCUUCUGUUAUUAUUGAUUGUUGGGUUUUGUUGCUUAAUGAAAACCAGAAGAGUAGUGCACAUGGACCUCAAAAACUAUAUUUUGGUGUUUCUCAAAGUGCUUUUUUACUGGUUGCAAACACAGAUAGUAACACACAAGACAUUGACAAGCUAUUUGACAUUUGGUCAAGAUGGUUAUUCAUUCCUUGCAAUGAUUUUGAUAUUGCAAAUGUUGAGUUGAUAUUUGUUCCUAUACUCUUGAAUGAGCACUUUUUCCUAAUUAUUGUGAAUUUGAAGGAAGAAAAGCUUCAGUUCAUUGAUAAUAUGAGUUAUGAUACAAAGUACAUGAGUGAGGUUGAGAAGUUCUCUGAUGUUCUGAGUGAUAUGAUGAGUACUUUUCUUGAUCAAUGCCUUCCUCAAAGUAAUGACUCAGUGAAGAACAUGAUUGAGUAUACUUUGGAGUCACCUUCUGUAAAUUGGAAGUCUGAAAACAGAAGAAUAAUGAUAGUGGAAUUUAUACUAUGGUCAACAUGCUUUACUUUGAUGGAGCCGAUGUGUUCAACUGCGAUGUUUUGAAAACGGUUAUCUCGUCUCAUUUUUUUUAUUUGGCUUUCAAUUUUUAUUAUAUUAACUAUUUCCUCCAUGGAAUUUAACUAUCUUUUUUAUUCUAAUUUUUGCUUAAAGUAAUAUAUUAAGUUUCAACUAGACGGGCAUUGAGAGCUCAGAUUGCUGUUACUCUGGUAUUGUCUGAUAUGAACAUUGUCAGAGAUGAAGUUCUUGAAAAGCUAUCUGAAUUCAGAUUAAUAAGGGGUCAAGUUGCAAAAGAUGUUUUUGAUGGGAUUAAGAAGAAAACAAAGCAAGGUAAAAAGGAAAAGAAAGUAUAGGCAGACUAACGAAUAUGUGGAUGAAGUUUUUUGCUCGGAAGUAUUUGUAUUUUGCACAGAAGUAGGAAAUCUAAUGUAAUGAUAUAGUUUGCAUCAACAAAUGGAUAAUCUAACAAAUUUGUAUAAGUGUUAAUAUAGAACAAUAUGAUAUGAUUCCAGUUCAUACAAAGCUUUUGAAUUGGUGGUAUUGGUAGUUCUUUUGAUAUGUAAUCCUUAAUUGACAUUCAAGAAGUUUAGUGAAAUAUAUAUUAGUUAUAAA